CAUGGUCAGUUGGUCCCAGUCUCACAGACAUUUUGAUUUUAAAGAGAGAGCCACUAGGCUCAAAGCAGUAGGCACUGAUGGGCACCAGUCAACCUGUAGCCGAACGUAUAGCGCGGAACAGCAACGGAGAACUGUGUUUCGCUGUACAGAGAUGUCGACGUGAAGUUAAUUCUGGGGUUGCAGAUACUGUCAUCGUCGAAUGGCGUUGAAUGGGUCACCAGUGGACUUUUGAAAGUUCAUCUCGCAAACCCUUUUUGAAGCGACUAGCGCGUAAAACCAAAGAUGGAAGUCAAGUGUACACUUUUAGAAACCCCGAGAAAAGCUACGAUCGUCGUUGGUCGCCAAUCCAUAGAAAUCGAACCUCGAGUCAUUUAUAGAACGAAUACCUAUGAUGCUUUGCGUGUAUUUUUGGAGAAACAAUGCGCCGGAUUAACGUCGAACCAACUCAACGGCGACUUGACGGUAGAUGAGUCGCUCGUUCUGAGUCUCGUCCAGCAUUACACUUCUCGUUAUUGGCUCAAGAGCCUGGACUAUGCGUCACUAUCCGUUAUCAGCGGGCUCGAUUGGCUCGACGAAUCGACCUGGAACAAGUUUCGAGCAACACUCGAUUUGUCGGAGACGAUUACCACCAACCAAGUUGGCGAGUUAUGGGGAAGAUUUCAUCGCCUUUGGGUUCAGCAACUCUCGAAAACUUCUCAUCUUCAAAUCAUCUGCUUCGGUUUUGAUGAAGGCUCCCGCGCCCUCAAGUUAUCGCUGUCAUCAUCUCAUCCAAUCACAACCUAUUACUUGUGGCACGACAAAAUAAGAAAAUGUUUUGACGCGAUAGCUUGUCUGUCAGAGUUUUAUCAAGACACGGCUUCCUAUUGGGAACAUCUGGUGCUGCUUGUCGAAAAUUGUCUCGAUCAAUUUUUCAAAGAUACUUUUGCCGCUUUAUCCGAAGAGGCGCUGGGAAACCGAUACGAUCAACUGAACGAUGAAAUCAAGUUAAUCGACAAUACAUUUGAUUCUUUCAAGCAACAGUUUAGAAAAUGGAAAAUCGGCGACGAACUCCACCACAUCGUUUUAGACAUGGAAAAUUGCAUCUUGUCACCCGACCAAGAUUCCAAAGAUUCCACCUCGGCUUGGUGUGAUCAACUGUGGCAAGUCACGGCACGCUGUUUGGCCCGUCAAAUCGAACAGGCGUUCAUCGAUCAAAAGAGGAAGAUUGAAAUGAAACGGCGAGAAAUCAACAAGGAAAUCGACAAAAUCCUAGAGAACGUUGAACGCCUGAACUCGGAGAUUGCCAAAUGUCGUCAACGCAUCGACAAUAUCGACAGACGCGCCGCUGAAGAACUCAAACUGUUGGAAAAAUUAGCCUGGAAAAAAAUGCUGCUCGAUCUGGCCAAUCCCGCCUUCGUUCCGGACUACAACUUGGCUUGCCAGCGAAGAAAUCACGAAAUUUACAGAGAAAGGAAUGCUUCUUUGUUGGCUGUCAGGGUUUUCGAUCUGAUGCAUCCUCCGCCGACUGCCAAUCGAGAGCAGCGAGCCAUGAUAGAGAAUUACGUGAAAAGAGAGUCGAAUAAGCUGCAAGAGCUGCACUCGGCUUUGGACAAAUUUAUAGGACGAGAAAUCAGUAAUGGAAUUACAAACAAUCGCGUCUUAACCAUUGACGGAGAAGCGAGCGUCGUACUGAGUAAAAUUGUGAAAUCAUCAGUAAAUCUAAGCAAUUGCAGAGAAAUUGUCAUCAAAGCGGAACGGGUUAUCUAUUUUGAUUGCGACUUGAAAGUGCCCGGUAUCAGUGUCACCCUGACGGCUCCGCUCAUUCACAUCAUCUGUUCACCUGGCGGGGGCAAGCGGACCAUAGACACGUCGGGUCGCGACGCUAAAGAGCACCAGCGUCGGAAUGCGGACGACGGAAAUGGAGCGGGCGGGAGCGGAAACCAUGGACUAGCGGGCCAAGAUGGCGAGGACGCCGGCAACGUCAACAUUUGCUGUCAAAAUUUCAAAGGCUCUUUGAAGAUUGUGGCUCGGGGCGGAAAAGGAACCGACGGCCAGGACGGCGGCAACGGCAAACCCGGUUCUGAUGGAUACGACGGCCGUGAUGGUGUGACUCCCAGUGAUCAAAAAUUAGGAUAUGAUUGGUAUUUCUUAGGUGAUUUACGUGGUAUCACAAAGAGGGUGUACAGUAACAAUGGAUGGCCCGGAAAACGGGGUGGUGAUGGUGGAUCUGGCGGAAACGGCGGCAAGGGUGGACAAGGUGGGCUCAGCGGACAGGUGAAAUUUGUUUCGUCCCAUCAUCGAUCGACCGAAUCAUCUCAAUUCAUCCAACAAGAUUGCACCCGUGGAGAAGACGGUAACGAUGGCCAACCAGGCCGCGGCGCUGCGGGAGGAUCGGGCGGCAAAAACGGACAAGACGCGUUUUUGUAUUUCGAGCCAAACGAUAAUCGGCCAAUCUAUUGGAAUACGGGAUAUUGGCGAAGUCACAUGGGUUCCAUAACCGAUCUGGAAAUGGUCAAGUUUUGGGGGGAGAUUAUAGGACACAAGAUUCGUAGAAGUUCUUCAAGAAGGAAUCAAGCUACGGAAGGCAAACGUGGCACUGAAGGCCAAAAAGCCGCGCGUCAGCAACAGAGACAACGCUCUUCUAAUGCAACUACUCAUCAAACCGCUUCGCAAUUUCACAGUCAACAUCAAACAGGAAGCGACGAAUACGAACGUGAGAGAAACAGACAAGCGGAGGCGAGACGUCGCGAUGAGCGGGAAAAAGAAAAAGAAAGGGACUCUAUUAACCAAAUGUCGAGAGAGGUAGUCGGAGAGCGGAAGGCCGUUUCACGUCACGAAGGAGCGCUGGCCGCCGAUCGCCAACGUCUCGAGCGGAUGGACGAAAUCCACCAGCGCGUUCAAGCCAAAAUUCAAGAAACAUUUGAGCAGCGCAUCGCUCAACAGACGGUUGUCGGCCAAAGAAUAACGAGGCAGUUGAGACUGAAUUUUGAGGACGAAAACAUUCUGGGCCUUCCUGCUUCCAGGAUUCCAACUAACCUUGUGAGCAACGUGCGAUCCGGCCGCCCGGUAUGUGAAAAAUCGACAGCAGCAUUGCGUUGCUCGGCUCAAGUCGAUGCAUUGGUCAUGUCCCUUAUGAUGAGCAAAGGAGACGACAGUUUUUUGCUGACGCUGAAAAUUCCUCAAGCAUUUCAAUCGCUAGUCCUCAAAUUAAAGUUUGAUGAACACGAAAAGGAAUGGGAGUCCAUCGAGAAAAUUGUCAGCGAAGUUUCGAAGACGAGCCAUCCGCUCAAAUUGGCCGAUUCUUUGGAGUUUAUUGCAUCGCAUCUUCCGUUGAUUAUUUCGCUUGCCGACCAGGUGUCGCCGGCAAGGUGUGAUUUGAUCGAAAUUCUACUCGCAUUUCUGGCGUCAACUGGCCAUCACGAAGUUGCAGAGAAGAACGCCAUUUGGAUUUUGCACGAAUUCCACCAGCGCCCCAUCCCGGUUCAACAAGUCAUCGCCUUUCUUGGUCGCCAAAUAUCGGAUUGGACCCACCAGCCCGUCUACGAUUGUCACAUUAUACUGGGCCUCUUUUUGGACAAGUGGAUCCUUACCAACAUAACUAAAACAAUCUUUGGAGUUACUAUUAAUCAAGAACUCCGUCAGUCAAGGGCCAGUCUCUUCGCCCAAGUUUGGUUGCAAUGCUCACCGGUGUCGAAAUGGACCAAAUCUGCUGCACCUUCAUCGGACGCCGAAAAUGAUUGGUUGAAGCAUGUCGAUCAAUUCGUGAGCGGGCUUUCGAAAGCUUUGAAUUAUGAGAAUAGCAUCGCCGCGGUCGACAAGUUGUUGCUGCCCUUCGCUCGGGAUCGGCUCGGAAUAGCUCAUGAAAUAUCUAAGAUUGACGUCAAAGAUAGAUGGCAGCGGGUUUUCAUCAUCGAUCACAUGUCACCGGAAGUCGACGAGAUGGACGCGAUCGGUCAGUGGGCGCGCAAAAAUUGCGAUUGCCACUUGAUGGCGCUUGUCGAACGGGCAUUUAGCGAAAGAUUCGUAGCACCGAUUUGGUCGCAAAUGCAGUCGCUUUUCAGUGAAAAAUGGUCCACAGAUGGGAAAAUGAACGAGGAUGUUGGAGAGGCGAUUCGCCGACUGAAAACGGCUAUCCAAUCGUCGUUCACCAGUUUAUCUUUUAAAGAGCGACUGCAGUUGGGACGUACUUUGAAAGAAAAACUGGAUGGUGCCGAUAAGAAACCAAGACAAUUUCUGGAUUGCAUCAAACCACUAUCGCAAAAAGUUGAAGCGUCAACUGCGGAUUUAUUCGUAUCGAGUAAAAAUGAUACUCGCCACGAAGUGGAAAUCAUUUUGUCCUUGUUGGCUGAUUCAAAGAAAUUUCAAAAGAAGAACGUGAUUCUGGAAUUGCACUUUCGGCUGAGUCAUCUUACUGCAUCGUUCGAACCGAGUCAAAUCGAGGAAGUGGCCGGUAUUUUGUUCAACAAGUCGCCGAUCACCGACCAUUUCAUCAGAUACCAUUGGCACUGCUUUCGAUCGACGUUCCUUGAAAAAUGGAGCAACUAUUUCUUCUUGCGUUGGAGCAAAUGCAAUGAACAGACAGAACAUUUUCGUAACGUGAUCGCCCGCAGAAAUCCCGAAGACGACGAUCGAAGUUUGAACUCUUUGGAGUUGGCUCUCGAACGGUAUUUGCUUUUCACAACUGGUCUGCCACCGCUCGAAGCCGUCCAAAAAUGGCUUCAACUCCAGAAACAGUCUUCACCCCAAGAUACCUUCAAAUUCAUUGCAGAAUAUCUCAAACUAGCGGUCAAAGAGAUAGCAUCGACAAUUACUCCAAGAGUCACCCAACUCUAUUCGAAUAAAUUAUUGUGUAUAACAACGAAAGGAAAAUAUGUCGGCAAAGACAUCGUCGUCUUGACGGAUAUUUUGUUUGAAAUCAUUUCGGGAGCGACAGUUCCAUUUUUCGAUGACGCGGAAUCAGUUCGAUCGCUACUCGUCGUGAUCGAAGCAGCUCAAUUGAUGAUGGACUUGAUUACUGACGACGCCAAAAAUACCAGCAGCCAGCUAAUAAAUUCAGCUAAGCUCGGAGAAUGGAAGAAGAAAUUAGUUCAAUGGAAAGUCCUGGAUAGCGAAGCGCAAUCUAUGGUACACUUCGCUGUCAAAGAACUAGUCGAAACUGCCGAAUCAAAGUCGUCAAGUGAGAACGACUGCAGCAGAGAAAUCUACGAUCAGAUGACCGCUCGUCGUCGAAACAUGUUACACACGUUCAAUCAAGCGCUUUCCUGGUUGGAGAUGUUUGUUGGUUAUUUGGCCGGUUCUAGGUCCGGUAUCGACACGCUCACGGUUAUCAAAGCAACUAUUGCGUCUAGCCAAUGUCUCAGUUGGAACGGAUUGAAAAACGAAAAAACAUCUCUACUCCGGGCAGCAAUCGACAUUUUUGUGGAGUGUACUUCAAUCCCGAAUCUGUCCGAAAUCAGUUGGAGCUCGUUUUUUGACGCCAUUUUGAACCUUGACAUCAGUGAGAAGCCAAUUGGGUUGAUAACGACACUGGCGAAUUUCGUCGGCCUACAGCUGAGCAGCGACCGAAAACGAGCAACUUGGGAUAUGGCUAGAGAUUGGGUCCUUCGACUUGAUUAUUUGUUUACACACACAAGGAAGAUGCAUGAUGCAUCUCGUGCUGCAGAUGGACAAAAUACUGAAUACUGGACAGAAACGAUGGGAAUCCAGCAAGUGUUGUUCGACUAUUGCAGCGCCUGCUACGAGACCAAGUUGUUGGCCAAUUGUACAAAGUGCCCAACCAAGAAGGUAGACUUGGACCUUGUGCGGUUCACAUUUAAAAACUUCGUCGACCGUUGGACUAAUAUUGUCCGAUUUGUGCGGCCAAACAUGCGCCAAAAAACUGCCAGCAAUCGAGAGGGCAGCCAAACGAAAUUUCUGAUAGAUCAAGUGGAAACCCGGCAACUUGUCCUCAAGGGAUUGAUUCAACUAGGCCAAUCCAAUUCCUUCUAUUGGGAUGAAAAAACUGCCAACCAUUUUUUAAAUGGUUGUUUAAUUCCAGAACUCGAUCCGUCGCCCGGAAAAAAGUCCUUCCUGUCGAAAAUGUUGAGCGGAACUAGAAAGGCUUUCCAUGAACGAUGUGUAGGUUUGGAAGAUUGCUUGGGGCCGGGAAGCAUUGGUCUUUUGGAGGAGGCGCUUCGGAAUAAGACUAACAGCCUUAAUGACGCCCAGUUAUUUUUUUCCAUCACCAGUUACGACAUUUUCAACGACGAAGAAAAAUUGUACAUCGAUCUGAUCGACGAUCGUCCCUCAGUAGAGAGCGCGCUGUUGGUUGACGACCAACAGCCGUCGUGUUUCUUGGGUGCGCUGCAAAAAUUGGCAAUCGAACGAUUCCGAGCCGAGUUUGUGCUCUGUUUCGAGCCGUCCAUUACCGACCGGGAUAUCGAACGCUAUUUGUCCAAGUCCAACCAGAAUGGCGCUCCACAUAGCCAGGAAGCAUUAGCGGACAAGCAACACAUCAUCCAACUUUGCCGAUCGUUUAAUCAAUUGAUCAGCACAAAGAUAGAACAAGGUGCUGACGAAGUGCACGAUUGGCUCCUUUGGAUUCGUGACGUCAUCGUCCCUUCGCUGAAAUCGUACGAGGCGAAUCAAGGACUCUCCGUCCACCAGAUAACCAAAUUCUUUGAAGAGGUUGAGGAAUUUCCGCUCGACCUGUGUCGAGCCGCCACGACUAGUUGCCGACCUCACCAGUGGAUCGAUAUGCUCGCCAUUUUCGCCAUUCAGAAUUUACUCGAUGAACUCAACGAAAAGUGCCGUGAAGAUGAAAUUGAUAUUAAAAGUUCCGGCAUCGUCCAACAACUUGUACAAUGGUGGCCAUCGUCCGGAGCGCCAGGAACUUUCUUGCAUACCUUCUACCACAAGAUUCGGCAGGAAAUGGCGGGUGAUCCGAUUCGACUGAUGAAACUCGUCCAAGAAGUGACCAACAGGUUGACGGCACUCAAGCUUCAAUUUCACGAAGACGUAACAUUGAUGGACAGUUUCUCCAAUUCUUCAUUAAACGAUUGGCUGUCAGUGAUCCGCUACGCCCAGCUGGCCAUUGAUUGGACGCCUGACAUUGCCCGUCGUUUGGUAUCUAUACUCGACGUCCAAUUCGGCCAGAAAAGAAGCGACCACUUCCUUCGUUUGGUCGUUCAUCGCCACCCGGAACUUAAAGAUAAGUCGGGCGACCACGCUCAUUUGAGAAACAUUCUGCAGAAUUUGUUUCGAUACCCCUCUAUUAAAGAUCGAUGGAUUGCCCUGAUCGACGAAAGUUUACUGAAAAAUUCGAUGGCGGUGAAAGAUUCAGUUUGGAAUUCACUGUUCGAUGCGGAUAUCAUCGAAAAAGACAUGAGAAAAUCGAGUCAAGCCGAUUUGAGCGUCGAGGACAUUUUUUCCAUCAUGAGUCGAGAUCCUGAGUCGAGCAAAGUGAUCGGCAAUUGCAGCGAAAUGGUUGAACGCAUCAAAAGCAUCCGGAUUCGAAAAUUCGAAACUAAAUUCGACAUCAGAAAAUGGAGUAAUGAAAUAAAGAAGCCGAGCAGCAAAUCAUUGCAGGUGGACGAUUUUCUGGCCGUUGCUUGUCGAGUCGUUCACGACAAAAAUGGCUACUUCCCGAGGGACGUUCAACUUAUUGCAGUCACUGCGUUCGUUUCUUCCGAUGAUAACCGGCAAGCCGGGCAUAUGAUUCGACGAAUGGGACAAAUUUCGACCGGCGAAGGAAAAACGCUCAUCUCUGCGCUGGUGGCCAUUUAUCAUACCUUGCGCUACUGGAACAAGGAUCGACACGUGAACAUCAUCACGAGUUCUUCCGUGCUGGCCGAAGCCAACAUCGCCGAAAUCGGGUGGCUCUUCCAGGCGUUUGACGUGAGCGUGAGCAACAAUUGUGACCAGCUAUGUUCGAAUGACGACGAUAUCAGACGUAACCGGUACAACAACGACGUCAUCUACGGCGACCUGGGCAGUUUCAUGCGUGACAUUCUCCUCACGCGCUUCUUCGAGGACAAGGACAUGACCCGCAACCGGAACCCGGGAGCCAUCAUCGUCGACGAGGUGGAUUCAAUGACUCUAGACAAGGGAGAAAAUAUAUUGUACAUGUCGCACAACAUCCCCGAAAUGUACGAUCUCAUGCGGUUGUUUGUCCAAAUCUGGACGAUGGUCAACGCCCCCGACGUCGUCCGUUUAGCCGAAUCGAGUGACAUCGUCGAUGAAGUUCGCCAGUUGAUCGAGCCGAUGAUUCCAACUUGCGUUCCUAAUUGUUUGAAGCAAUUCGCCGAACGGCACCUGUCGACGUGGAUCAAGAGCGCGUUCCGGGCUUGUUACCUACUCAAACCCAACGACGCCUACAAGGUGGACGAUUGCUGUGACGGACAAGGCAGGCGGAUCGUCAUCAUGGACAAAGAGACGGGAGUGGAGCAAGUGCAAACGGAGUGGUCUGACGGUUUGCAGCAAUUUUUGCAGUUGAAACACGGCCUGAAAUGGACGCCCAUCUCCCUGAAGGCCAUUUUCAUGUCCAACAUUGGCUACUUUAGCGAAUUUGAGGGCCGCAUGUACGGACUGACGGGCACACUCGGUUCCGCGGCCGAGUGUGACCUUCUGGGCCAAGUGUUUGGCGUCGAUUUUUUCCGCUUGCCACGAUUCAGGCCGCGCUUUUGCCUUCAACACGAGCCGAUCAUUGUUCACGAUCGGCAAAAUUGGCUCGAUCAAAUGCAACAGGCGGUCGUAAGCGUUGCUUCGAACCAGAAGCGGGCCGUUCUUGUCGUUUGCGAGAACAUUGAAUCAGCCAACUCGAUUUACGACCGCCUCAAAACGGCCAAAACAGUCACUCCAAUUCAAGUCGUCAAAUAUGUCAGCUCAUUCGACGAGGCCUUCAAGGAGAACCAACACCAGGAAAUUCUUCCGGGUCAGGUGAUCAUUGCCACAAACUUGGCCGGACGUGGAACGGAUUUGAAACCCAGUAAAGUGCUCCUCAAUAACGGCGGUCUUCACGUAAUUAUCGGGUUCCUGCCGCCCAACUCCCGCGUCGAAGCUCAAGCCGAAGGACGAACGGCCCGCUCUGGCCAACCUGGAAGUUACCAAUUUGUCAUCGAAAAUGAGGAUGAGGAACAUCGAAAAUCCCACCUAAGUUUCGAUCCUUAUGGCCAGAUACUUCAAUUGAAAUCGAAGCGCGACGAAGACGAACGGCUCCGAUUGGACAACAUCCGACGAGAAGCUCUGCCAAAGAUCCAACUGGAAGAGAAACUUUUCCACAAAUUCUACGAAAAAUGUGUCCGCCCCUUGAACCAAACAUUGAUCGACCCACCACAACAGCAAGACGUCGUUCAACAAAUCUUUACAAAGGUUUUAGACAUUUUAAGCUCAAACCAAAAAGAUUACAAUUUAAAUAAAGAUUGCAAAAGGAUUACGAGAAAUUGUUUCAACAAUCGCUGGGCGCUUUGGCUCGACGAAAAUGCCGGCUCCAUCGAGAAAGCCCAUCGUGAUCCGGUACUCGACGACAGACUGAGCGAUAGUUUCGAUCAUCUGACGAUGUCCGUCAAAUUAUCGGACGUCGAGUCUGUCGUUUCCAGUCCGAGUGAAUGGACUAUGCUCGCCCGCUGCUACGAGGAAUCGUCGCACCCGAGAGAUGCGGUCAGGUGUUACAAACAAGUGACGACCAUAGAACCGAAGUGGUGCGAAAACGCCCUGCUCGAUCUCGCCCGCCUCGCUCUGGCCGACGACGCCGGUUACGAAAAGAAAAGAGAGGCCAAAAGCUACUUGAAACGGGCCCGGAAACUGAUCGACGAUCGAAUCGAAGUGCUCACCAGUCUCAACCAACAAAUCGAUCAAUGUUUGAACACUCAAAUGGAAAACGGAUCGUCCCUCUGUCACAGGCGGUUCGAAGAACAAGUGACGAAUCAAAUUCGUUUGUGGGGAAUUCACGCGUCCGAAAUCAAUAACCUGCUAGGCGUAUCGUUGAAAUGUGCCCUGGCUUCCAUCCUACCCACCGAAAACGACCAACACAUCGAUCAAGUCAUCGAGUUGCUCGAGGGGUGUUAUUUCAUGAAGUCACGCCACUACAGGAAAACUGGCGAAAAUUCGUUCGAUUGGCCUCCGUUCGUCGCCCACUGCCGUGAGCCUCUCUUAGAUCUUGUGAAAAAGAAAAAUUGCAAACUGUCGGAUAUCGAGAACGCCAUCGGCAAAGUGGAAACAAAGCUUUGGAGCAGUUUAAUUUCCGUUUACAUCGAUGAGGGCCAAAUAGCUGGUGGUGGGAAAAUGAUCAAGGCCGAUCAUCACGUCGGCGAAAUACCCGACACCGUCCUAUCAAAAGCUUAUCGGCGUAUUUUACCCGGUUGGUUGACAUUUCACGACGGCCAAGAUUUUUCGCUCGUCUCCUCUACACUCGGUAUUGAAAAUGGUGACCAAUUAAAGAAGCUGGAAAAAUGGCUGGACGGCGAGAAAUUAUUGGAAGUGACGGACAAAGUCUUUCGUCAUCGCAUCCUGAAAUCGGUCCCGUCGAUGGACCAAGAUACUGACGUUGAACUGCUCAAAGGUGUGGCUCUCUCAUCUUGCGCCGAUGUUGUGGCCACUUGGUUCUCUUCGCUUGUAGUCGAACGGAAUGGAAAUCUGUACGUUCUCCGGCCCCUUUUCGAUGAGCGUAAAAAGAAAUUGGCCAAACAAUUCCUUGAUUACCUCGUCGACAUGGAAGUUCUCAAAGAUCCGGCCAUUACAUUUCCGUCUGCAAACAGAGAGCGAUCUAGAGAAGAUAUCCAACAAGAUUUGGAUGGGAUCAAGAGUAGGAUCAGUUCCCUCAACGGAUUCGACAUGCUUGCUAAGCUCUUUUACAGCAAAGAAGAAACAGGAAAGGCGAGAGAAGAAGAAAAGUCAAAGAACACUUUAGAACAAAACAUUAAAAAGCUGAUCCCACCGAUCGUGCCGGCCCUUAGUAUUUUUGCUGUUGCUGGCCAUUUUGGUGAGAUUUCCAGCCAACGACUUCAAGAGGCUAAAGCUAUAAAAGAGAGAAGGGAUAAACUGUCUGCAGCGCUCAUGCAAGCCGUCGGCAUUCAUCUCGGCCAGUUGAAAACAUUGGCGAAAGUCAAAUCCUCGUUCUGUUCGCUGCACGACGCCCUUCCGCCAGCCGGCGACGAUCAAGCGAGUCCAUUCGACGAGGUUCAACAGUUCAACAACCAGCACUUGGAUCGCGUUCUCAAAGUUGAGGAGUACGUGUCGCGAUGGAACUGGCGGAUUGGCAUCGUCGCCCUGAUUGGAGUUGCUCAACUGGUCGGCGCUAUCGCUUUCCCUUUCUUCAGUGCGGGGCUCAUCGGCGAGGGCCUCAACGAUUUAAUGUUCGCCUUCCAGUCUCUCCAGUCACCAGGAUCCUUCUCAUGGAAAUCCUACCUCGUAGACAAGGCUAAAAGUUUGGCGGUCACUGCCCUCACUAUGGGUCUGGGAGCCGCCCGGCUUGUUAAGGCUUGCGGUGGCAGUUUCAGGCAAGCGGCCAAACUGAUGUGUCGAUUCAAUGGGACACUCAAGGGAUGGUUCCAGGCCGGCAAGAAGAUCUUGAUCCAGUGCGCCAACAUGAUAUCGUCGUCCGUCAUCGGCCAGGCUGUUAGCCGCUUCCUCACGUGGCUCAACAAAUUCAUCAUGGAACAGGUGCUUGAGCGCAUCAAAUCUUUCUUGUUCAACAACUUCCUUAUGCGACCGGCUUUCACUCAGCUCAAGGAUCUCAUGAAAUCCCUGAUGAUUGCCAUUGUCAAAAGCGGCAAGAGCGCAGGCGAAGCGAGCCGAAAAAUUAAGGAAGUGCUGGAUGGAGCCGCAAAUCAAUUGAAAGCCGGCGAUUGGUUUACUGAGCUUCGCACGAACGCGUCAUCAAUCACCAGUCGUAUGACGGGAAUCUUCAACGGCUCAUCAGCUGGCUUGUCCGGUUUGCAGGGCAACUAUGCCGGCGAUUACCGGUCACACGCGUCCACCGGAAACACCCAAGGCAUCAUUGCCUCUGCUAACGCCGGUACAAUUGAAAAAGCCAUUCAGGUGGGCAAGACUAUCGUUGAUUAUGGCCAAAAAGCGGCUGAAGUGACUAAAGAGAUCAACAAAUUUGCGACUAAGUGCGAGUCGGUCAAGAAAUUGGCAACACACGGAGUGACGUACGUCGGCGAUCUGAACGCCGCCCUACAGGACGAACUGAGAGCCUUGAAAACUAAAAAUAAGCAGGGGCAGCAAUCAGCUGUUGGCGAAAGUACUGGUGGUGGGUUAUCAAAAACAGAGGCAGAACGAUUCGAGAAAUUUAUGUCCGAUACCGAGGGCGAAAUUCAAUCGUCGAUAAUGAAGGAAACUCUCGAUACGAUCCAUUCGACGUGGCUCGAGCCCAAGAUCCAACUCAAAGUCGAGAGGAAGGUAAAAAGUAUCAGCUCGAAAUUCGUCAAAAAAUACUGCCCCUCCCUCUUACCGGAAGGGGCAAACGACCUAAAAGACAACAAUAAUACUAAUAACGGCGUUGGCGAUGGCCAAAUGCCAACUGAGGAUCAAUGGAUCGACGAAAUGGGCAACGGAAGGCCGGCCGGGCCCAUCGAAAUGCAAAACUCAGUCGACGCUUACGGCUUCGUGCUUGAAUUGGAAGACAAAACUGGCCAGUACACGCAAGGGGACAAGUUUUAUUACUAUCCGGAAGGAAAUCCUUAUUCAAAUAAACCCGUAGUCAAAAUGAGUUUCACGCAGAAUGACGACGGAACCAAGCACGUCUGUCUCAUCAUGCCUGAUGGAACGAAACACGAAUAUGUGCCCGAUCCUUCGGAACCACCUAACCGCUGCUUCUUCAACGCCCUUUCAAAGGCUCAAAAAGAUCCUUCGGUGGAUCAUACAAUUGAAAAGUUAAAGAAUCACGCAAAAGGAAACGAUCGAGCUCGAUUCAUGAGCAAACUGGGUGUCAACCAGAGCUACCAACACUUGCAGGCAGGUGCAUAUAGCAAAAUCAGAAAGGGAAAUACUAUUUAUGAAGUUGACAAAUUGGGAAGGACCGUUAAAAUAAUUACAACGGAAACGGAGAGACAACAGGAGCGCAAUUCCAAAAAAAUGAAGGAGAUCAAGGAAGAACUAGAUUUUAAACCGGGAAACGUGUACAGUCACGAUGUUUCGCUCAACUCUGGAGGUGUCGACGAAGUUAACAAUAUUUCUAGAAUGACACACGAGUGCAAUCGCUAUCUCUACCGAGAACAUGAGGAAAACUUUGAAGAUUUUCGCGACUACAAUCAACAAAAUGGGUCGCCAGAAGUGAUCACCAGGGUCAUCACAAAACAUUACGAACAUUCAGUUGGCGAAAUACUGCGCAUGGAGAAGGAAGGAAAGUAUGUCGACCGUUACAAAAUCAAGGGUUACCAGCACGAUUUUUAUACUGGAUCACUGGAGCAACCAACUAACCAGUACUUGAGUGGCUUCAUUCCCAAUUGGAAUGGACAACAAGCAAGCAUCUUUCAUGCGCGAAAUAAGGAUUCGAGAAAAAUGAAGAAGACUGAUGCGCGGAGAAAAGCAACCAACGUCCCGAUCGUCAGGGGACCUGAAUUCAAAAAAUUUUUCGCAAACAUUCGAAAACAUUAAUAAGGCGCAUUUUGAAAAUGAACACGAUAGCAGUAAGACGGUAACCGUAGUAGACGAGCAACCCGUUUAACUUGUGCUUAUUAAAAAAUAAAUCAAUUCUUAUUUUUUUUUGUUCGAUUAGGCUACCCAUGACAAAUUAUACUGCCAACUAUGUAAGCCAAUCCUGUUCUUUUGUGCAGCACAUUACAGACUAUUGUUGAGAUGAGCUUGGCGAUGACUCUACACAAUAGACAGCUUCUUUCCAUCGCUGAGUGACUUUAUUUUGUGUGUGAUAGUUGAUAAAAUCCUUCUGGCUAUAACCUGUUCAACUUAUCUGUUUUGUUCCACGGUUCCGUUAGUAAUUAUUAGAAAAUAUAUAUGAUGAAUAUGA